AGAGCAUGGAGAAUGAUGAACUUCCGCCAGAGGAUGGGAUGGAUCGGUGUGGGGCUGUACUUGUUAGCAAGUGCUGCAGCUUUUUAUUAUGUCUUUGAAAUCAACGAGACUUACAACAAACUAGCACUGGAGCACAUUCAGCAACACCCCGAGGAGCCACAGGAAGGAACCACAUGGACUCACUCGUUAAAAGUACGACUGCUAUCCUUGCCUUUUUGGCUGUGGACUAUAAUAUUUUUAAUACCAUAUUUACAAAUGUUCUUGUUUCUCUAUUCCUGUACAAGAGCUGACCCCAAAACUGUUGGAUAUUGCAUCAUUCCUAUCUGCUUGGCUGUUAUCUGCAAUCGUCAUCAGACAUUUGUGAAGGCCUCUAAUCAGAUCAGUAGAUUACAACUGAUUGACACUUAGCUCAAUUUCUAGUUUCUGUAGCUCUUUGGAAGCAAUUGCAUAUGGCUGAUCUAAUCACAAGACUGAAGUUCAGAGUGGAGGCUGGAAAGAGCCUUUUCUAUCAAACUGUUAAGCACUGAAGAAAGCCUACUGUUUUCUAUUUACAGAAAAGAAAGAUAAAUUAACUAUAGA